UGGGGGCCGCGCGGGAAGAGCGCCCGGCCCCCUCCCCUCCCCCGUCCGCUGUCCUCAAUGUCUCCCCGGCGGGGAGGGGGCUGCCUGGGAGACGCGCUGAGCGGCACCCCCCGGAGGCCCGUCGGCCGCAGCAGCAGCGCCCAGCCCGGCGCCCCGCAGCCUUGCCCGGCGGCGGCGGCGGCCUGGAGGAGCCGCGCACCCGCCGCCGCCCCCGGAGCCUCGCAGCCGCCGCCGCCACCCGGCACCCGAGAAGAGGGCGGCGGGCGCCCCCCGGGGAAGAUGAAGGCGGAGGGGGGUGACCACUCCAUGAUCAACCUGUCGGUGCAGCAGGUCCUGAGUCUCUGGGCCCACGGGACGGUGCUGAGGAACCUCACGGAGAUGUGGUAUUGGGUCUUCCUGUGGGCUCUCUUCUCCUCUCUGUUUGUCCACGGUGCUGCGGGUGUGCUGAUGUUUGUGAUGCUGCAGAGGCACAGGCAGGGGAGAGUGGUCUCGGUCAUUGCCAUCAGCAUCGGGUUUCUGGCUUCUGUAACUGGAGCAAUGAUCACUAGUGCGGCCGUGGCAGGCAUUUACAGAGUAGCCGGGAAGAACAUGGCCCCUUUGGAAGCGCUGGUGUGGGGCGUUGGACAGACUGUGCUGACAUUGAUCAUCUCCUUUUCAAGGAUCCUCGCCACACUUUGAGGUUUCUGUGGAAAUGUCUUACUUCACAUAAGGAAACAGAUGUACAGAUUCUCUGAAAAUGGCAUUGUUAGCAAGUAGGAAUGAAAUUACACAAGAAUCGUGGAAGGAGCAGGUCAGAACAUCAGGCCUUGAGCUGUGUGGAAAGAUUGCCCUCUAGUGUUCAAGUGAUUGCACUACCGCACUGCACCUUACGUGCCUCCAUCCCAGGCAAGGCGAAUUACACUAUGAGAAGCUACAAGAAAAAGCACCUUGUUUAGCUGCCAAUCAGGUUAACCUUGGUGUUGAAUCGUUUUUAACAGUGUUGUGUUUAAGUUACAGGGACAUUUUGAAGAAUUGAUAUAUGUGCCAAACUCUCUUCUUCUUCUUCUUUUUUUUUUAUAAAUUGAUCAUGUGACAAUUUGCAAGUGUAGAUGUAGAUGAGAUGAGUGCUGUGAACAUGUUCAACAUGAAUCCAGGUCACGCGGUGAGAGUUUGUUUUGUAACGCUGAGCCCUGUAUGAGUGCUGAACACCAAACCUCUUACUAUGAGAUAAACUGUUUGAUUUUUAAUGUUGAACGUUUCUGGGAUUUAGGGCUUUACUAUGUUUAGGCAUUAUUGUUAUUUAAUUUAUGUGGAAAACAAUACUUAAUGGAAAACUAGCUAAACUAUUUUAAGGACUCUAAGUAGAUCCAUAGGGUGCAUCCUUUUCACUCACUUAAAUAACACUUUUAAUAGUUUCCCUCAUACAUUAAUGUCCUAUUGAUAUGAAUUAAAAAAUGUUAUGGGUAGCACACAUUGAUUAUAGUUUGUGUGUCAUAAAAAUAUAAUUCGAAGACUUUCUUAUGAAUUUUGUUAGAAAACACAUCUGAAAUGCAUGUUGCAUUCUUUGACCCUUCUAAAGGAAGUUUUUGCCAUGUAUCUCAUGGAGAAAACAUCUUUAUAACUAGUAACUCGGUGGGAUAGCAUUAUUUCUUGUAUAUGUCUUGAUUUUUGACAAAAUGUAAACAAUCUUUCAUUCUGGAGUAUUAACUAUAUUUAAAGAGUGGCCUAAAUUAGGCUGUGAAAACAGAAAGCUUCAUUUGUAGAUAAGUAACAGUAAGUUAUCUAGGGACAGUAAUAAAUUACUUUGGAUAUGUGGUAACAAAAUUUCACUAAAUAAGAAUUGGGGAAUGUAGUAAAUAAUUCUAAAAUCUGGCAGUUCAUCCCAGUGUAUCCAAACAGUACUGAAAUAUAUUUGAGUGAUGCAUUUUAGUUGUUCACUUCUUGGUUUAUGCUGUUACUUAAGUUUAUUAGAAUGUGAUGACAUAUAUUAGAAAUUAAAAAGUCCUUAGUAUAAACUAUUUUAAGAGGUUUUGGCAACAUAUACUUGUUUUUAAGAGUACAGGGAGUAAGGGAAACAGAACCUGGUUGAACUUACCUCCUACUGACAUUUUUUAGUCCCUGGUACAAUUAUAAAUGUUCCUACUCAAAAGAAGAGCCAUUGCAGAGAAUGUGAAGUUCAGGACAACCCAGAAAGACAGUCUGCAUGCUCCAGCCUCGCUCUUUCAUAACCUCCGUGGGGAACAAGUAGGUUUCUUAGGUCCCAUCAAAUUGAAGACCUUUGUGACCCACGCCCCUUUUCCUCACCAAAACCAGAAAGAUCAGCAACUGAACAAUGAGGAGUUGGUGGGGGUGGGGUUGGUACUUUUACCGGUAGAGAAGCCAAUUUGGCCAAUAUGGGGGAUUUACUAAUGUUUGUGGCUUGGAAAUUUGAUUUAAAAAAAAAAAAAACAGCAGCUAUGCAUUCUUAGAGAUCUUUUAAGUAAAUCUUAAAAUGGAUUUUAAAUUAUGUAUAACCCUGACAUUAUUUUCAUGUGUUCUUUAUAUUUUUGAUGUUUUCCAAAUUAAAUUUAGGCAUACGUUUUCCAAAUCAGUUUAUUUUCUCCUUUUCUGUUAGAUUUGAAUUCAGUGUUCUUUCUUUACUUUGGCUAUUCUGUCAAUCAUUUAAAGUGUUUGUAUUCUUUGAGAGGAAUUACCAAUAACAUACUGAAGAUGUACAAAUGAAUAUUUUAACAUGGUUAUGUUAUGCUUUAGGAAAGUCAUCAUAGUAAAGAAAUAUGGAGCAUAUGGUUCAGAACCCAAAAUUAACUAGAAAAUAACUUGGACAGAUAAAUGUAUGAAUGUGUGGACCAAAGAGAUGUAAACUCCAGUUUUUACUCUAGAAUGGAAGUAUAAUUGGGCAGUUAACAAUUAAUUUGCAGCAUCCUAAUCUUAUUAUCAAGUUGCUUUAUGUUAUGAAUUGUGUAUGUGUGUGUGUGUGUGUAUGUACUUUAACUCAUGGGGGCAUUUUGUGUUUUUUGCUGUUUUCAGCCAUUUCCACUGGGAUUUUGUGCAACUGUGACUCUUUUGAUGUUUUGAAAUACAGUUGAAUAGUGUGAAUUGAUGAAAUUGUCUUAAUAGCUAUUUCUAUGCUGAGAUUUUUUUAAAAGUUAAUGGUUUUCCUACAGAGACAAGAAACGUUGGAUGAUAUAUAUCUACACACACAUAUAUAUCGUUAUAUACGUGUAUUUGAAGCUGCUAUGUGUGAAUGCUGUCUAACUGGAAGGCUUCUGUUCAGUGAACAUGUCCAUGUUCUAGUGGAGAAUUUGUUUAGUUGAAUGAUCUUUUAAAUGGGCGUGAGGAUGUUUGAGAUUUUUUAAUUUGAGGAGAUUUUUCUUGGUUUAAUAGUGCUGGAGACCCUUGUUUUUGAUAUGACAAAAGCCCUUAUCGAUAUAUUUGUGUUACACCUUAAAAGGUGUAUGUGAUUUAGCAGUAAAUUUUCUUUGUGAUCAAUGCGGGAAGGACAGGGGAAAUCCUCUGCAGUUUACACUUCUUUAUUUUUUAAAAAAAUGUAUAGUAAAAUAUUGCUGACAGUGAAAUCAUUCCCCCAAAGAAGAGACUCCUAUAUGCCCGCACUAAUAAUUAACAUACUGGUUAGAAAUGCCCAUAGACCAGAGGUUAGUGAGGAGCCUUAUCUAAACUACAAAUAAUGCUAAAAACAUUUAAAAGGAGGAGGUGCAGAUAAUCUGUCCAUUGGAUGAUUCCACUGGUUCUCCAGAAUAAGGACAGUCCUGAAUGAUGGCUCUACUCAGUGCUUGCUGCUUAAUCAUUCUUCCUGUAGAUCUCAGUGUUUACCCACAGUGUUGGGGUUUGUUACCCAAUGUGCUGUCUUAGUAUUUGCAGUAUUUAGUAUAUCCUCUGUCCUGAACAGUGUAAGGGCUUUAUUUGUACUUUAAGUGAGAAAUAAAAAAUGAGCUGCCCUGUAUAUCAUGCAUCUGUGAUAUAAGGAAUAGGAGUAAUUUAAAAAUCAAAAGACAUUGUUGGAAAAGGUCUUCAGAGAUCUGUAAUUAAGGGAGAAUGGCGCUGAUGUGUUGACAUGCCCCACUUGGCACACAGCAACGAAUUCACUCUUAAAACAUUUUUGGUGGGUCUGCCAUGUACACAGUGCUGUGCUGUCUUUUCUGUAGGAAGGACCAGGAUGACUAGGAUAGGGUUCCUGCCCUCGAGUCCACCAAGAGCUAGCAAGAUGGUUUUAAAUCCUAAAUUUUGCUUCCUAAUUCUGGCUGAGAGUUCAAGUCCUCCCCAUCCCCCCCAGAGCCCCACCACCACCACCAAAUUCUGAUUUCCCCAGUUUAUCCACCAAACGGAGUUUCGGUAACUGAGAUACCAUUGCUGUGACCCAGUGAAGAGAUACUGGACUCUAUGCCAGAGGCCCUGUCACGUGUGGACUUCCUGUUAUGAAAGGCAAAGCAGCCAUGUUUCACUGUACACGAUCCAUAGUCAGUACAGUUUUUUAAAUUACAUUUUGCAGUGCUAACUAAAUGUGUCGUUUUGUAAAACUCAUCUGUUUUCUUUUAUUUCCACAUUUCCCCUACAUACAUUUUAAGAAGGAGACAUUAAAAUAAUUCUCUUACAAUCUUGCUUCCUUUACCUCCUCUCUACCUCUUUAUUUUACUUUUAAAUUUUUUUAUGAGAGAGGAACUCAAGGUUAUUAUAUACUGUUAUUUAUUUUUUUAAUUUAUCUUUAUUGUUGAAAGUAUUACAGAUGUCCCCCUUUUUUCCUCCAUUGACCCCCUCCACUUGCUCCCACCCCCAGGCCGUCACAGUACUAUUGUCCAUGGCCAUGGGUUAUGUGUACAUGCAUAUACGUUCUUAAAAUCAGCAUACUUAUAUAAGAGCAUUUUUAGGAGUUGAUGGUGGUAGAAAUGGCCAGAAGUGGCCAGUAUUUACCUCUUUAUCUUAUCCUGCUACUUCCCUUGGAUUCAUUCAACCAACACUCAUUGAAUCUCUACUACAUGCAACUUACUGUCUUUUGUAAGGGAUGGAGAAGUGUCCCCUGUUCUGCACCCUGGGGAUUGGCCCCUGGUGUAGCACGAAUUCCGAAGGCCACAGACUGGGCUUCAGUGUCUACCAGGUCCCUUGUUCCGUGGACCAAGGUGCUUCGGCGCUGGUUACUCUUCGCUGGCUUGUGUGUUUUUUGUUUUGUUUUUACUUAAAAAGAAAUACUGUUAUUUUAAAUUUGUGUCCAUUUUAUAAUUCAAGAAGUAAGACGGUAAGAGUAUUUUCUCAAACUACUUUACUUUUGCUCUUACACUUUUUUCUCUAAGAAAAUCUUAAUCGGAAUCUUUUCAAAGAGUUGUUAUUUGUUUUUAAGAUGUGAAAAGUGUGGAAAGUUACUGAAGAAAUUCUCGUAGACCUAGGUUGCAGAGACGUUUGGCAGCUCUUGGGUAACUGAGUAAAUUGCUGUUUCUUUUAAUAAUCGGUGAGAAUCUGAGUGGUUAAAGUUGACUACUAAUCAAACACCCCUAAUCUCCCUUAACUGGCAAUCCUUUACAACAUCUUAGGGAGAGACUCUCCGUGAUGAUAAAAAGGACAUUAUUUGGUUAAAAAUGAUGACAAUUUCAAGCACGUGGUAGCAUUUUGUAGCAGAGGGGCGUUUAAAGACAGGAAGAUACAUCGGACGGUGAUGCGCAAAACCAAGGCGCCUCUGACGCUGCGUCCCGCGAGCGGAGCGGUGGCCCCUUGUGUCAAGACCACACCCGGCCCUGGGGGAGCACAUGCUGCGUGGUCCCAGCUGUGUUUCCUUCCUCGUGGGCAGCUCACCACACAGCGUUGCCUGGCUUGCUGGUGGCGGGCAGGUUUCCCGACGCAAGGGUGUCUGGUCAGUGUGCACAGGGCGAUGUUUUUGAGGAGGUUGCUGAAUCAAUUACCUAAAAAUGUAUCUGUGAAUUUGUUUGAAGGAAGUAGUGCUUCAUAUAUAAAGUAUUUUCAGUAAAUGUGGAGAUGUACCAUUUGACACUUGAUUAAGUUAGUGGAAACACCCGAGUCUCCAGUGAACUGAACUGCGACCUGGAACCAUCUCUUCCCCUGAGUUUAGGGGGCUUGUUUUUACAUUCUUUGCACUUAUUUUGAGGUUAUUUAGGAUAACCCUUUCUUGAUUUUGAGAAUGAAUUUAGCAGUUUCUUAAAAAUUUUCCUCCCCUUCCACACAGGCGUCAUAUGUUAUGGUUUAAACAUCUGUACAGUUUGUUGAUAGAAUCAGAGUGUUGGUUUUGAAGAGAAUGCACUUAACACCUUAUGGUUAUGCAACUAGAAGCUUACUGAAAAAUAGAUACUAUAGGCAAGUCAAGAGAGCAUGAACCUCUUACGUAUUUUUUUAGAUUCUAUUCCGCACCCAUAUGCUUCUCCCCUCAUGGGUAACACGACUGCCCCUGGGCAUGCAUUCAGAUAUGUAACUGGCGCUGGAAAGCAGUGUAAUGUAAAUACAUAGAAAGAGGAACUGUAAUGCGUGAUUACCACAAGAGUAACACCUUUUCUCCUAGAUGCUAUAUAUUGGCAAUUUCUAAAAAGCAUCAUUUUUAGGGCCCUGUAUAAUGACUGUUAACUUGAUAGUAUUACUGAUGAUGAAAAGUUUCCUUUGUUUUAGACUGGUGUGUUUGCACAGCAUCACUACGUACCUUUGGGAAGAAACAUUUUAACAUUUUCUUCGUAGAAAGCAAAAUAGAGGCACUCGUUUGAAUAGUAAUAAAAAUGAUUUGCUUUCAAUAAUGGAUGACUUGAUAGUCUAAUUGUUGACACUUUCUUAGUUGUGAUAUUGGAUACAUUUAGGAUGGAGGAAUUUUUUUAAAUUCUGGUGCCCUACAUACAUGCGUGCGUGAGCUCCGCACAUUGAGAUGAACAACAUGAAAUUCCACAGUAUUUUCGUUUUAGUCACAUCAUUUGGUAAAAUUCAUAUAAUUCUACCAUAAAGUAUUAAUUCCUGACUGUAGUCAUUCUAGGAUGAGGGAAUCCAUUUCAUCUAGAAGUUAACCAACUAAAAUGUGUUUAUUUAAAGAGCAAAUAUGUAGUUGACCUGAUAGGUAUAAAAAGACUCACUUUCAAGCUGUGUUAACUCUCAGAUCACUGAUGAAUCAUUUAGUAAACCACAGUAGUUUUUAAAAGCUAAAUGAUGCCUCAGUGCCUUGGAAGUUAAGAUACUUUUUCAGAGUGUGUCUGGUGAGAUUCAGGAUCGGUACCCCUGUUGAUGGGCAUUCAGAGUUAAGAACAGUGCAACCGAAUCAGCUCCUUAAGGGUUAAUGAAAACCAGUUAUUUUGCUAUUGACUGUGACAGAUGACAACUACUGUCAUUACAUUUUUACAAUGUGGUAUUUGUCUCUCUAAGUUUGAAAUGGGGAAAAUGUAGUCAAGACUAUUAAAAGUGGGAUUUUGACAUUUAAUUUAGUUGUACACUAGAGAUUCUAGUAUAAACAGUGUUAGUUUUAUAUGUAGUACAAGGGCGGACACUUUAUGUAACCUUUAGAAAUAUGUUUACCAUCAGGGAUUUAUUUUUGCUAUCAAAAUACUUAAUGUACUGUGAAGCUUAAAGACAGGAAGAAUCCAUGUUGGAGGGUAACGCACAAAGACAAAGGCCUAUCUGAUGAAGUUCCCUACGUUAUGUGAACACAAUUCUCCCCCUUCUGUUAAGACUAUAAACUACACUGUAUGAGUAUGUGUACUGCAUGUUUACAUAACACAGUUUAAUUUUGAAGGAUUAUUUUACAAAACGAUGUUUAUGUAUAAUACUUAACAAGCUGUAAAUAUUGUAUACUAUUGAUUUUUAAUUUUAUAUAAGCAAUUUUUUAAUUUCCCAAUUCAUGUACAAAUCUCAUUGUGUAUAUAAGCAUCAUUUCCUGGAGAACACAAAUUUUGCAGUGAAUUUUAAUUAUUUUAACUGUGGUAAGCAUCGGGUUAGCCUUAGAGAUGUUGAUCUUUGUUUUCAGUUAUUUUUACCACUCAUUUUCUUCAAAGGUCAGCAAUAAACAUAUGCAAGUUAUUUUUGAUUGCGGAGAGUUGGUCUGCAACGACAAGAUCUAGAUUCCAAUUCAUAGCUUAACAAAAAGAUGCACAAUUAAUAUCAUCCACAGUCUAAUCACAGGACCAUUUCUAAGGUCCAUGUGUUUCUCCUCUUUGUAACAUACAGGGUGAUUCUACUGAUACACACAAAACAACUGUUAAAAGUGAAUCCAGCACUUAAAUGUCAUAACACAGAAUUUAUUGGAUUAAAAUUUGUAAUAUACAGUAUUUUAAUAAAGUUUCUGUAUUCUAUUUCAUGCACUUAUAUAUAA